UUAAGCUCCGACUCGGUUCAGCUGAGUUCAGUUGCGCCACUUGGCCGUUGUGGCUCGCGUGUCGUGUUCGCAAGCUCGCGGAAGCUCCUGUGCGCGCGCGAUUUCGAGACUGUCUUCCCUUCACUGUUUUUUUUCUUUUUUCUAAAUUUGCGAGUCGAUCGUCGAUUUUCGUUCUGUCUCUUCUCAUCUCUUCCCUUCUCUCUCUCUCAGAAGAACUCCUUUUCUCGAGAAGUAAUACGUACGUGCACGUGAGGUGCAUGUAGAAAAGGAGAAGCCCCAGAGAAAAGUACUGCGAGUCUUUGAUGUUUCUCCUCACGGAAGUCCAGGAUCGUCGCAAGGAUGCCUAACGAGAACGAGUCCGUGUGCGCUUGUGGCGUGGUCGUUACGGACUUACCGAAGUCGCGAAACGUCGUACUGGGAAAGCUGACCAUUCACUUGCCCAAGAUGAAGGGCAACAAGUUGGAGAACAAGAGCUCACGGAAGCAGUACGAUAACGGCCGGGUACCGAAGACCCCGACGUCGAGCGAGACCGGAAGCAGCAGCUCGGUGGCGGAAUCCACGAGAGCCACGAUGAAGAGCAACAAGCAGGAGAAGCGGCUCACCCACUCGCGGAGGACUCGAAGCGCGGACAGAGCCGAGUCGCAUUACACCUACAUCGAUUCGGGCUCGAGUGUCCUCGGCGGUGGAAUUCGUGAGAACACCAUACCGGAAGCGCUGUACGCCACCAUACCGGACACGCCGAACACGAGCGUGAACGAGAUCGGGACGAGUCGGCCGAGUUCGCAGAGCAGAUCGCAGCUUCUUUAUUCCACUAUUCCGUCUAUGACGUCGCCACCACCGACGUACGAUGUCGCGACCGCAAAAACGUUGCAGACCGGUCUGCCACCGACGUACGAGGAGUACCUUUGUCACAAGUACACGAUGAUGUCACGUUCGCACACUCCUCCGCCACCCUGGUCCGACUCGACGACGACGACGACGACGUCGUCGUCGUCGUCGUCGUCGUCGUCUAAUCCGGGUUCGAGUAUUCAGGCACGACGCGAGCUCCUGGCAAGCCAGCCCGAACUUCGCGAGUAUCUAACGCAGCUGACGCUGAACAGCCGUGACUCGCAAUAUCAGAAUCAACAACGGCGGAAUCAACUCAGAGCUACGAUCUCGCUCCCGAGGGAACAGGUCAGAGUGCAGCAGCGUGCACGGGCAAUGCCUCCCAGAUCGCAGAGCGAAAGCCGAGCGCAACAGCAACGAAUCGCGGCGAUGUAUACGGACGCUGCGUUUUGCAUGGAAACCACGGUAUUGCAGUCGGCUUUCGAUUCCGGUCAAGGAUUUGCUCUCUGCAGCUUGAUGUAAAAGGACGAGUAACCUCGCUUCGAACAGGAAGUUGCGCUGGAGGCGCUAAUACCAAUCGUCAAUUCACGAUGAUCGGGUCCUUUCGCGAAUGUUUUCCUUGAGAAUCAAAGACAGCGUUUGCGAAACCAUUUGACUGGCGGAUUGAUGAUCCAUUCGUGUAGAUCUAUAUCGCGAAUCACGAGAUGCAGCGUCGCUGCAAAACGGGAAAACCCUCGCGUGUCUCGCUGAAUUUAACGAAUAAAGCGUCACAAUUAGUAUCGAUUCCUGAUAGAUAAAGUGUCAUUGCCUCAUAAGUACAUGUGAAUAUGUAAGUAUUAAAUGGUAAAUCGAUUCCUAAAUGGUAUCUACUUCAAAUGAAAGUAUUCAUUCGCUACAAUUAUUUUCUGGGUACAAUGACAAUUCCACCUUCGUAAGCCUAGAUACUUAGAUACACGUUUGUGAUUUAUAAUCAAUUGCUGUUACAGAUGCCUAUUAAUUUCUGACUUGAUUUUUAUGGACGACUUAGAAAAACAGGAAUGGCAAAUAAAUAUAACUAUAUGUAUACGUUCGCAGGCAUAGAUAUUUGAAAAUAACUUUUAGAAUAAAGUAACGAUAAUGCGCAAUAUAAA